UAACAGCAACAUUUACACAAGUGAAAGGGAAACAGAUCUAUGGAAGUUAGAAAUUUGGUGCACUAAGCUUGUGCUGCAAGCGUUAGAUCAAUUUACCGUGUGGAUUGAUGAGAACAAGUACAUUUUCUUGAUUGGAGGGAAUGACUUAAAAUGGGUUAAAGCAUUCGUUUCCAAGGUAAUGCAAGUAGUUUCUUUAAACCCACAACUCACAAUUAAGAUCAACUACAUGGGUAGCAAUGUGAAAGUUGGAUCAACGAUUCUUGGAGACAACAUUUGUGAUGCGACAUCGGACACACCUAUGAUGUCAUGGUUUAUGUGGGCACGUCUUCGAAGCACAUUCUUAUCAAGGAUCAAAUUUUUAGAUCAAACUUGUUGUGAUGAAGAUGAUGAUGAAAUUGUGGAAGGACUAAAAAAGAUGCUAGCCUAUGAAGCUAAAGAUUUAGCAGUUGAUGGAUGGGCUAUGUUGUGCAAAGGUAACAAGAUAGUUGUAUGUGACUUGGGUGAUACAAUGUUGACAGUCAUGAAUGAAUAUGAGAAAUGGAAGGAGAGUGCAAUAGUCAAAGGCUUUGACCAAGCGUUCAAAGAUCAUCAUGAGAUGCUUAGUCGUUCUAUUUAUGCUUCAAAACAUCAUCCUUGUUGUGCUCUUGACUACCCAUGUAAUUUUGACAAAGUUCCAGAGAUUGUAAAGUGUCCCCAGUGCUAUUACAAUAUGCAAAAAUUUGUUACUUUUAGGUGCCACCAUGACAUACUUGAUGAUGAGGGCUCCAAUUAGAAUACACUUAGCUGAUAUUGACACUUACUGUAUUUGCAUAUGUAUAUGAAAGUUAAACUUGUACAUUCAA